CACAAAAAUAGAAGAUCAAAAUGCGUGUGUGUAUGGAGUCACCACAUGACUCAGCAGUGUUUAUACCAACUCAACUCAGGCACGACUACACGAUCACGCACAGACACACGCAGGUUUUAUCAGGUGAUUGUUCUUCUGUCAGCUAUCAGGACUCCCUCCCUCUCUCUCUCUCUCUCUCUUUCUGUGUGUGUGUCUCUCUCUCUCCCCAAAUAUGACUCCGUUUCCCCGCACAGUGAACCGCAGCCUCCGACAUGCCUGUUUAGACUGGUGAAUCUUGCAGGAGGAGAGAAUUAAAUCAAUCCUACUGGUGGGUUUCUAAUUCAAAUUCCCCAGUCAAACUUCACCCUAAAUGUAACUCAGUCUGGGUUCGCUUGCAAGCAGACCUUGAACAUAAAGAGCCCUGGCUGCUAGCUGCUGGCUGCUGGUUGAGAGGGCUGGGUUUGCUCUCCAGACUGCAAACGGACUUUUAGACGCCGACAGGUCCAGGAUCGGACACAGUGGGCUCGCUGCAGUUACGUGAUGGAUGUAGGUUUAUGGCAGGCUGUAUGAGCAGUUGUCCGAGGUUUUCCAGUGAAACGUCAGAUGCACCUCAGUGUUUGGUCACCGGUUAUUUCAGAGCCUGUGAUUCUCCCGGCGUCCUGACGUCAAUUUAUAAGGACCCAGCAGUGCCGGGGCGGCAGACAUUCAGAUAACACCCGGCUGAAGGAAAGAAAGGGAGAGAGAAGCCGGACCAUGUUGAUGUGAUAUUCCUCAUAAAUUGCUGAGCAUUCUGUGACCGACCACGGCCGGAGCUUAAGAGGGGGGUCCCAAUUCAGAAAGUGUAUGCGUGUGUGCAGCUAUGGGGAAGGACUACUACAAGACCCUGGGCAUCCCCAAGGGCUCCAACGAAGAGGAGAUCAAGAAGGCCUACCGGCGCAUGGCGCUGCGCUUCCACCCUGACAAGAACAAGGAUGCCAACGCUGAGGAGAAGUUCAAGGAGAUUGCAGAGGCCUAUGAGGUACUGAGCGACCCCAAGAAGAGGGUCGUGUAUGAUCAGCUAGGAGAGGAAGGUUUGAAGACAGGAGGCAGCAGCUCUUCAGGUGCUCCUGGAAGCUCAACAUACCACUACACCUUCCACGGAGACCCCCACGCCACCUUUGCCUCCUUCUUUGGCGGCUCCAACCCCUUCGACAUGUUUUUUGGCUCCAACCGCAGCCACAGCCGCUCCAACGGUUUCUCCUUCCACAAUGACCAUGACGAAGAGCGGGACAUGGAUGUGGAUGAGGAUGACCCCUUCGCUCAUUUCGGGAGACAGUUUGGCUUUCCAGGGGGGAUGAACAACGGCUUCCCAGGGGAGGGCCGCAGGAGGAGGGGGGUGCCGUCAGAGCGCCUGGGGACCGGGCGAAAGCACCAGGACCCUCCGGUGGUUCACGAGCUGAAGGUCUCGCUGGAGGAGAUCUUCCACGGCUGCACCAAGCGCAUGAAGAUCACCCGCCGCAGGCUGAACCCGGAUGGGCGGAGCAUGAGGACAGAGGACAAGAUCCUCAAUAUUGUUAUCAAGAAGGGCUGGAAGGAGGGAACCAAGAUCACCUUCCCUAAGGAGGGGGACGAGACCCCUGAAAACAUUCCUGCUGACAUAGCCUUUGUGCUUAAAGACAAAGGGCACCCCCACUUCAAGAGAGACGGUUCCAAUAUAAUUUAUAACUGCAAGAUCAGUCUAAAAGAGGCGUUGUGUGGCUGCACAGUUAGCAUUCCCACACUGGAAAACCGCAUCAUAUCGCUCCCCUGUCACGACAUCAUCAAGCCGGGGACGGUGAAGCGACUCAGAGGGGAAGGCCUGCCUUUCCCAAAGAACCCGUCACAGCGUGGUGACCUCAUUGUGGAGUUUUCUGUCCGUUUUCCCGACAGGAUCCCCCCUCAGUCCAGAGAGAUUAUCAGACAACACCUCCCCCAGUCAUAAGAAGACUCACUUUUAACCCCUCCAACACCACUCACUCCAGACUAAAUGGCCCAAACCCAGAAAAUCAACCCUUAAUACUCCUUCAUCUCUCAAAUUUUGAACCCCAUUGUGGUUUCCCUUCCCACUUCCAGUCCCCAUGUCCUGUGUUAAUGUACGCAGCAUUAAACAGACGCUGUUGUUUGUAGGGACUUCGCAGUGGGAGGAUGAGGGAAGAAUUCCGAGAUCAAUGGCAGUAUCAGGAUGUGAUAUAUUUGUUUGUUUUGUCUUUUGGCCCAAGCACGCACCUGAGCAGUGGAGCGGUGCUGAGGAUGGGCUCAGCACAAUCGUGGCUUUUACCGGAUAGAUUUUCUUAUCUCUGUUUUUUACAGAUUUAUCAGUGGUUUUAUAUGCUGUCCAACUCUCUGAUCCUUGUCUUUUUGUGAUAGGAUGAAGUGUGAGAUAUUUUUUAAAAGAAACAUUUUUUCUAGGAUUUUCUUUUCCAAAGGAAGUUUCAAAUAGGAUUAUUUAUUUUUACCUUGAGUGUACCAGCAGCUUCAGUGUGCUCAGUGCAAACCCUAGUUUUAACAAAACUCCCCCCACCACCUGCUCUUCUCUUGCUUUCAGUCUGAUAAAGCAUUGUGCUUGAAGUCCAUAGGCUGUUUACUGUUUGGUAAGAUCUGUCUCCCCUACAAUCAGUAUUCUGAUGCGUGCACAAUGUCACAGCACACUUAAAAUCCUGCAUUACUCCAAAUAAUAAUAGCAUAUCUCAGCUGCAUUGGAAAAUCUGGGAAUGACAAUCACAUACUGUAACAGCAGUGUAAGCUUGGAUAAUACAAUCUUCACAUAAUAUGGGUGCUCUCCCUUCUGAGCUGUGUGGCUGCUCUGAAAUGAAUAGCCUGGCUCGCUAUCUGAGGGACAUGUAGGUGCCUUAGCCCAGUGUCAUACCACAUAUGUGAACACACACACACACACACAGGUCACACUGUAAUAUAUACAACCAGCCAUGUUAAGUGCACAACAGACAAUGUUGUGUUAGACAUUACCAUUGGGAGCUGGUGAUGUUGGAAAAACAGUAAGUAAGCGAUGUAAAGUCAAUCACCAAAUUGUACUGUAUGUAAGCAAGGACAUUUUUAGGGAGAGAUUUGAUACAAACUGAUGAAUUUUGCCAAUGUAUCCCUGUAAAGUGCCGUACAAGUGCAGGUUGGAUUUCCCAGAGGAAUGUAAGCAGUAGGUUAAUCUGAAGUCAAUAGUAAAUAGUUGAGAUUUCUCUGGGAAACCCAGCUUUGUUGUGUUUAUUAUGCUUUCUCUUAUGCCAUUUGAAGGCAAUGUCUCGGUGCUACUGUAAACAAUGCCAGAAAUAGACCCCCCUUGGGGUCUACUUUUUGGUUUUCAUGGAGUCCACAGUUUGUGAUUUGAUAACUGCUUCUGUCCUCUGUAACAUCUGUACAUCGAACUUUACAUCUGUUUUUUCAAGUAGAAAACCCUGUUUAGGAAACAGGUUUUGUAAUAAUGCAGCUGCUGUUCUUUGUUUCAACUGCAAGGGGCUCUGAAAGCUCUUCCUACUGUAGUUUGCAGCAAUGAUGAGAUGUAUGUAUGAGUAUGGUUUAUGAGGACAGCCCUAGUAGGUCAUAUAUAUAUAUAUAUAUCCUGUGUAUGGGGAAAUGUUUGAAUGCAACAUGUUGAUAAAUGCACUUUUAUGUCAUAAAAGAUACUGACAAAACUAUGAGAUGAGGACAGAGACCUGAAUGACUUGUCUGAUUGUUUGAGCGUCCUGCCUCUCAGAGCCUCCGGGGACGCUGGACUGUGGCUACAACCAGAAUGCACGUGCUGCUGCUGAAAGACUGUCACUGCUUAUGUGCAUUUGACAAUAUUUAUGAUCUUUUCAAAAUGGCAACCAAUAAACCAAAUGUGUGAACUUAA